AUGACCUCAAACAUCGCUGAGUCGCUUAACUCAAUAUUGUGCGACGAAAGAGAGUAUCCAGUGGUGGCCAUUUUUAAUUCAAUUGCAUAUAGGUUUGGCGAAAUAUUUAGAAAGAGGUAUGCGAAGGUGGAUAAUUCAAAGACAACAUUCAUUCCCGUAGCCGAGGCGAUCUUGAGGGAAAACAUGACCGAGAGGGACAAAUUAUAUGUGAAUAACAUAAAUGAAAGCACCUACGAAUUCACCGUGCUUGGUUAUGGUCGUUCUGCCAAAGUUAAUCUUUUGAGACGGUCAUGUUCUUGCAGAAAGUAUGACUUGGUGAAAUUGCCAUGCGCUCAUGCAAUGGCAGCGUUGCGCUUGAAGCACGAGGACGAAUACGACACUAGCAUUUACAGCUAA